GUCAAUCUGUAGUCCUUAAAGAGGGUUUAACCUAAUGGCACUGUGACAACUGUAUUUUAUUUGCUGAGAGAAAGAGAGAGAGAGAGAAAGAGAGAGAGAGAGAGAGAGAGAGAGAGAGAGAGAGAGAGAGAGAGAGAGAGAGAGAGAGAGAGAGAGAGGGAGAGAGAGAGAGAGAGGGAGAGAGGGAGAGAGGGAGAGAGUGCUUGUUACCAUUAAUUGCCUCCUAUAUCGGACACAGUGAAAUAAAGUGAAAGUUUAUUCCACAUUCCCCUCAUGCAUACAUUUUUUGCCUUGAAAAAGCCCUGUAUGCUGGGGCGAAAUACCAGCACCAAUCUUUUUUUUUGUAUUUUUGUCCUUUUGAUGUCUUAUCGUUGCGUUGCGGUGUUCGUGUUUUGGGAUUUAAUUAAAAGUAUCCGCCACUGACUGCCAACCACUCCCUCACUUACCUUAAACUCUUGCCAUGGCGGGACUCUCCAACUUAAAUGUGAUUUUUUUUGGGUUAAUAUCGUGUCACGUUGGGUCAUUACAAUGUUAGUGUUUUUCUUAUGGUGGGUAUGGGCAAUUGGGCAUCAAUACGGCGACCAGGCGACCUCCUGCUCGAUCUCUGCCAGUCGCAAAACCUGAUUGCCUCGGAGCUCGAGUGCGACCCUGACCGGGACAGCCAGAUUUAUUCUUUUCGACAAAGUUCAUACGCGAAGAGUUAAAUGCAGCUUCAAGAAAUCACUUUUUUAAGAACAUCUAGUUUGAUAACAGUGAGCUCGCUUUUGAAACUAUUUUAAAAUUUGUCAAUUUGUGGGUAAGAGAGAUAUUUUCUUCACGAGCGACUUCCAAUUUCCAAACAAGUUUAUUUGCGAUUGGGCAAACUUCUUCUUGGUGUUUAAAUGAGAGAUGGGCCAAGGGAAAGGGUAGAAACUGAUGAAUCAAAAUUUGGAAAACGCAAAUAUAACAUAGGUCGCGUAGUUGAAGGUCAGUAGAUUUUCGUCAUUAGUGAUUAUCGGAAGGCAUAUAACUGUUUGCAGGAGGGCUGUCAACAUUUAACUAAUAAAAAUAAAAAUUGACCUUUUAACGUUUCACAUAUAUAUUCCAAGAUUGAUAUUGACAGCCAGUGCCAUCCAUCCCCCCCCCCCCCAUCCUUCAACCCUCGGUUCCCAUCCCUCAUUAAAAACAGGCAACGAAAGAACAGAGGAACAAGUAAUGAUGAAGAUAACAGAAACGGUCACGCCAGAUGGGUGCCGCGAGAGCGAGGGCUGGCUCACUCAGAAGGAUUUGGUUGGGAAAUGGCACUCAAACAAAACAGGAGACUUUAACGGGGUGAAUGUGACAAAAGAAGUUCGACACGAAAAAAAGAGAGAAAAAAAUCGACCUUAUUGGAAUUAUUGGGGAAUUUUGACACGAAAGAAAAUGGCCACAUACUGGCAUAUAGUGUUUAAAAAUACGGAUGUGCGUAUUUUUAAACACUACUGAUAUGUAGCUUCCUGUGUAGAUACGAUCGCCCAAGGCACCUAGAACUUCAGUGUUGGUAGGCCCGCGCGAUGUACAGCUGCACCAACUGCACCAGCUACACCAACUGCAACCAGGCGGCGCAGUGGAAAGCGUGGGUUCUGGCCUUCGAGAUGCUGGUGUGUGCCUUCGGUGCCUUGGGCAGCAUCGUCUGCUUGUGGUAUCUGAAGACCUGUGACAAGACGCAAGCAGGGACGAAGAUCCAGCUGUGCUCGCUCUUCGCAGCCAACGCCUUCCUGUGCUCGCUCGCCCUGCCGGGGGCCGCCGUGCUUGAGCUCCUUUUCCUGCAGGAUAGGCGGGCCAAACUGGCGACCGAGCAGGCCUUCAUAGCUCUGCACUACAUAGCUGCGUGCAUCGACCAGUUGGCGCUGGCGGUGAUCGCCGUGUACAGACUGAUAGCCGUGUGUUUCCCGCUGAAGUACAAGCUGUGGUCCAGGUCGACUGUGGUUGCGGCGGUCGAAGUCGCUGUCACUCUGCCUGUUGUGCUGACGCUAAUGUUGGCCUUCCUGUUGCAGAAUGACAGAAUACUAGAUCCCUGCAAUAGCACUGUUUUAAAAGCACUGUAUGGCGUGUUCUACUUGGUGCCGAUAAUCAUCAUACUGACUGCCUACUGCAUCAUGGUUUCCAUCAUGGGCUUCCGGCGGUGCGCGAGGCAGGGCGCCGAGGCGCGGAACCCCGGCUGGGACCAGAUCAGCCUCUCGCUGUGCGUCCUCAUCCUCAUGAACCUCCUCCUGGACGUCCCCCACGUCACCAUGCAUCUCAUGAACGUCAGUUGGACGGAACCUUCCUUCGUGAUCGUCCAUGCGGUCUACCGCCUCCACUUCGCCCUGGACCCCGUCGUCUUCGUGGGUCUGAACCAGCGGUUCCGCCAGAGGGCGCUGCAGGUGGCCUUCUCGCUGGUGCCCGGCCGUCGCCUCCCGUCUAGUGGCUAGUUUCCAUUGUUGCGUUUCCGGUUCAUGUUACUACCACUGGUAUCUUUAAUUUUACAAGCUCUUCCCUCAGCUGUCUCUUCUUCGGAUGUUUAUGAUUUCAUCAGAAUAACAGUGAAUCACUAAUAAACGAUUCUUAGACACUGUCUUACCACACACACGCACAUGUGUGUGUGUAUAU